AGGUUAUGGGAACAUGGAAGAACUAUUGGUCUUUGAAAAAGAUCCAGACACACAGGACAUGUUAGUUCUACCUCCAUCACUGGAGACAAAUGGUUAUGUGCAUGUUGCGGUGUAUAUUGUUUUAAGGCGAGAUAGUAACCUUGGUAGCACGCGGGGCUUGACCCAUCGAGAAACGCGCGUGCCGCGCGCAUACGUACACACGCGUGUUGUUAUUGGGCAACAUAUUUUGACCACGUUUUAGACUCAUUGGUCUUCAGAAAACACAACAGACAAAUUGCGACUGUUAAGUCUAAGUAAGGUGAAUUUAAACUAAUGACCAGAUUUUGAAUGCAAAGAUUUUACGGGUUGGGCCAGAACUCCGUUUAGUUUGCCGGGCUGAAAACGUUAAUAGAAAAAAAUAAUAAUAACAAUAACAAAAAAAAAGUACUAAACUAAAUAAAACGUCAAGCUCCAACGUGAUUUCUUCCUCUUUUGUUCAUAGAAGUGUAUCUGAGACACAUUUUACCGGCUUCACUUUUGCCGCCCAGAACUAUACAUUUCUUUUCACUUUGGAUCGAGGGACAAUCUGACAGCCUUCUCGCAGGUUACCGAACAACCCUUUGGUGAAAGACAUCCGUAUAGAAAGGGACACAUUUGCAUCUAAAUUUGUCAACUUUGUCUAGGGAAAGGUCAGUUUGUGGAUGAAAACAGGGAGCGAAUAUUUUCACUAGGGUUGGGCCUGACGGGAAUCAAGUCAAAGAAAUCUCCUCAUAUUAUAGCUAGAACAGGCGACCAGCUAGAAGGCAUCGAGCGCCGAGUGUACACACGACUGAAAUAAAAUUAAUUAAUUAAUAAAUGAUAUUAAAAGGAGUUCGAGGGUCGUUAUUUUUGUGUAAACAGGCUGUUGAGAUUACUGAGCACGUGUCUUACAUGAAAGGGACACUUCAAGGGACACUGAAAGGGGGAACUAAAACUAUUAAAACUAACUGUAAAAGCAGUCUUUGCCCAGCCAUUAAUUCGUGAACUGUGCUCUCUUAUUUUAUUGUCACCCAUAAGGUUUCCUUAGCAGACUCACUUAGCGGGUAAUGAAUGUAAAUGUACAAUUGUCUGCGGUUAAUAAAGAGUUUGUUUCCUUUUGUUUCUCCAUCAAAAGCGCGCACGCCACCUUUGUUAUGUUAAUAGCUGGCACGUGUAUCACAUUGAAUUGUUGUUCAAUCAAAUUAAAUUUAUCCUUGUGUGCGGCAUUCAAAUUUCACCUUGCUGUCUUACAAGGGUAAAUUUAUUUCUGAAAAUAAAAGCUUACACCGAGAAAAUAUUGACACAAACAUAUGAAAAGUAUAUGAAAACGUAGUUACUAAGAUCACAGGUUAGACUAACAUCUGCAUAAAUUCGCUCGCUUCGGAAAAUCAACAGACCCUGACGCUAGAAUUGAGGGAACAAUUAUAUAUUUUUCGCCCAGGUUUAGGGAUCAAUGGCGGUGGUUUUUCCUUAUUUCAAAUGCAGCUGGAUCAAGUCAAUAACGCAAGCAGUAGCCAAUCAAGAUGCCCGUCUAUAUAUAUCAGCCAACCAGCAGCGCUAGAUUGACACGUGCUAAUUUGGCGCUAAUUGUUCGUGUAUGAAAAAACCAAACAAAGUUUUUGACACAUCUCUCGCGGCGCGAAACGUGUUGCUCGGCGCAGCGCGGGAGACAAAUUUCCGCCGAAAGAAAUGGAGGCAGAAUUGACCUGUCCCGUUUGUAACAAGCCCUUUGUAAACCCUGUCGUUCUACCUUGUUCUCACAGCGUUUGCUUGACUUGUUCGCAGUCCGCCUUGACGACGAGCGGUGCGGAUAAUCCUCCGGUAAGUUCGAAUGGAAGCGGUCAAGUGGAGUCAGAAGAAACGCCGUACGUUACUUUGUACGACAUGAACCAUUUGUACCAAAGCAUUGGAAAUUUGCCUUGUUUGAAAUGUCCGACAUGUAAGAAGCUUUUCCCUCUGGACGGUCGAGGGGUCAAUGGAUUUCCCCGCAACCGCCUCUUGGAAAAUAUUGUCAAUCGCUAUUAUGCACAAUCAAAUGGAAUUGUUUAUUGUCAACUUUGCGAAGAAAACCAACCUAGCCAAGCCACAGUGAUGUGCGAGCAAUGCGAAGUGGCGUACUGUGAUCGCUGCUGUAAAACUUGUCAUCCAAGCCGCGGGCCUUUGGCGAAGCACUCGCUGAUUCCUCCCACAAGCUCCAAAUCGCCCAGCAAGCCGACGGUUGUGAAAUGCAGUAGCCACAGCGAAGAAAACAUCAGCAUGUAUUGCGUGUUUUGCCGUGUUCCCGUGUGUUAUGUGUGUUUAGAGCGAGGACAGCAUUCUGGACAUGAAGUCAAGGCUUUGGGUGCGAUGUUUAAAGAGCAAAAGGUUGAACUCUCAGCUAAUAUGAAGUUACUGAAUGCCAAAAAUACUGAAUUGCAAAGCUUUAUUCAACGUCUUAAUGGAAACUGCUCAAUAAUCCAGGAAAAUGGUUUAGAAUUUGAGGCCAGUGUUGUAGCACAGUGUGAUGCAUUGAUUAGCAUCAUACAGCAACGUAAAGUGGAGUUGAUUGAAGCCAUCACAACAGAGAUGAAUUUGAAGAUUCAGAAAGUUAAAGAACAAGUGAAGACCUGUGACAAAAAGUUUCAUAGUGUUACUGGGUUGCUCCAGUAUGCUAACGAAUGUUUACAAGGAACAGAUGCUGCGUCCUUCUUGUUGGUUGCAAACUCUCUAAAUGCAAGAAUUGUAAGCCUUGUUAAUCAGUGGUCAAAAGAAGUGACAUUGGAGCCGACUACAGGCUUGGAACUGGAUCUGACACUGGACACGUCAGCUGCAAGACAGGCUCUUCAUGAUUUGCACUUUGUAGAGUUAAAAGCUCCAGUUGCUCCAGAAAUUGUUCCAGAUGAAUGCACGGUCACAAACAAUGCCAUCACUUUGUCAUGGAAACCACGUAAACAAAGUUGUGUUGAUGGUUAUGUGGUGGAGGUUGACGAUGGCACUUCUAGUGGCAAAGAGGACAACUUUCUGGAAGUGUACAGAGGAAACUGUUUGGAGUGCACUGUGUCAGGUCUCCAGUUUAACUCGACAUACAGAGCAAGGGUUAAGGGGUUCAACAAGGCUGGUGAAGGUGUGCCGAGUGAUGAGGUCUACCUCACAACAUCUGAUGUUGCAUGGUUUGCUUUGGAUCCAGUCACCGCCCAUCCAGACAUAGUCCUGACCAAUGACAACACAACAACAACCUGUACCAGCUUUGAUGAUAGAGUUGUGCUUGGUAACAUAGGCUUCUCACGUGGCUGCCACUAUUGGGAAGUCACCAUAGAUCGUUAUGAUGGCAACCCAGAUCCUGCAGUCGGUGUUGCAUUAGGUAGCACUAUCAAGGAUUCCAUUCUGGGCAAAGAUGACAAGGCCUGGUGUAUGUACAUCGACAGCAGUCGCAGUUGGUUUCGCCAUAAUAACGAGCAUUCCAAUCGCCGUGACGGAGGGGUUGAGGUGGGGUCUGUUAUUGGAGUGUUGCUUGACAUACCUAAUCACAAAGUGACCUUUUAUUUAAACGAUCAGAAAAGAGGCCUCAUGCGACUGCCUGAUAUUCCAGAAGCCUUUUAUGCUGCGUUCAGUUUAAGCCGUAAUGUACAAAUUACUCUGCACACUGGACUUGAACCUCCAGAGGAGGCAUAUAAUACCAGCAAGUAACACAUGAAAGAGAGUGAGAGAGAAUAGAUGUUCUCAUUUGGGUAUCAUAAUUAAUUAUGCAGUAUUUAUUCGGGUGAUAUAUUUUGCUAAAGUCAGAUUCGUUUGUGUUAUACAAAAACCAGUUCAUUGCAAGCUGGAGAAAUAGAUUACUAAGUAGUUAUUUAAAAUUAGAUUUUUUAUAUAUUGAAUGCAAAGAUUUUGUUGAUUUGAUUGAUUUUAUUACAAAAAGUUUUAUCUUUGGAAUUGAAAAUUGUUGCAUUUCCCCCCUCUUUUUUACGUAAUUCUUAAUAUUAUGGUUGUCAUUUCUUGUUGAUUUUUAUCAUAUGUUGUAAUUAUAACUGUUUAAAAAAACUUAUUAAAUAUUUUGUAAGUUGACUAUUAAGAGUAUAGCCUGAUGGUGAUUGGCUCAUAGAAGAACUAAGCUUGAACUUGGUUCAACGUGGUCAAACUGAUCAGCUUUGCCAGUAAUAUUUAUUGCAAUGGUUGAUUUAUUAUUGUACCCAUGGUACACCUGUUCAGUCUCUAAGUGUUACCAAUUUAUGGUCAAAGUAGGAAAAAUCAACCUCUAGUGGUAUUGAAAAUAUAAUGCCACUUCUAGUGGUGCCAAUAACUUAGAAUGUAUUACAAUAAUAAUAGCUAUGAUAUCAACUAUAGUAUUAUAAUACAUGUGCUAAUGCACAUAGAGUUACGAGAUUCAACAGUGGUCUUCGGUGAUCUUCUGUUUUUAUCUUUGAGUUUUCAGUCUUCAAUGUGAUGAUGAGCAAAAUCUUGGGGUUGUACAUGAUUGGCUAAUAAUUUAUAGGUGUAAGAAAAUGAGAGGUGAUGAAUUGUUGGAAAAUAGAUUUAGGACUUUUUUUUCAGUUUUGACUACUGCACAUUCUGCUUGUUGUUACAUUGAAGAUUAUGGAUUUAAAGAGGAAACAUUAGAAGUUCAUUUUAAUACAUUUGAUCUGACGUUUGUCAGAGCACAAUGUGAUACCAGAUAUCAAAUUGAACCGAAAACAGUCUACAAGGCCAUGAUAGAAUAUAUUGUGUUGAAAUACAUGUAUAUUGUGUCCCAGUGGACUUGUAAAAAAGACAGUAAUAAAUAACUGAAUUAGUUAGUUGUUAACAAUAUUGUUAAUAGUAAUAUAAGUGCAAUGAAAAGAAUAGUAGCUCAAACUAUUAUACUAACAGUGGUUAAAGCCAAAACAAAUAUAACUAAAAACAUAACUGGGUUACUGUUCUCUCAAUGUCAGUUGUAGAAAGGUAACUGUAAUUCAGGCUCCAGACCACAAUAAAUUAUAUAGGUUAUUGAUAGUUAAUUUUCCACUUGACUCACUGAGAGAUGAGAAGAAAAUUUAACUCAUUGCAACAACGUUUCGUGAACUUUGUAAUGAUUUUGUAAUUUUUUUUAGUGAAUAAGUUGAUUUGGGUUCAGUUAUAUAAUAUUAUGCAAUGAUCUGGACAACAGCUUAUUGUAUUUUGUUUUUCAAGAGUUUGUACAAAGUUUGGGUUUCUGUUUUAAAGAUCUUCAGCAUUUUCCAUGACUCCUGAUUUUGAAAGAAAGGGGUGAAUCAUUGUGUCUGGCUUAAAAAUUUUGCCCUUUAUAUAUUUUCCUAGCACAAUGACUGCUGACACCAUUUAGGGAAACAAGUGUUGUUUUCACAAACCUUUGUUGGGCACUCAUAAAUUUUUUCAUUUUUAUCCAGUUGUAGCAACUGGUUAUUCUGUUUACUGACAUUUUUAUUAACAAAUUGACAUUAGGUUUUCAUGCGUCUGUCCUUGAACUUUGCCAUAACAAUGUCAAAGUGUCUGUGGAUUGUCUUGUUGGAUCCACAGACUACUUUGACAAUGUUAUGAAAUUCAUUGUCAAUAACAGGACAGACGAAUGAAAAACUGACGUCAAUUUGUUUUUUUAUGAUAACAAAUUGUCAACUUGUAAGCUCUCACUCGUUGCCACAUUGCAUAAAUUGUAAAUUCAUGUGUCAGUUCGAUUACUGACAAUGAAAAUUAGCCAAUGAGUGCACAAGAGUUUCUGCAGUUACCAAAAAAAUCUUAUUUUGUUUUUAUUGAUUGGCUACUGUACUGUUAGAAGAGUUUUGUCAUCUAAGUAAAAUUCUUAUCUUAUUCUCCCCCAACAAUUUGGGGUCAGGGAACUGGUUGACUGAUGUAAUGAUAAUUUAUGAGUCCUGUUAUUUUUUUAAAACAAAAUAAAUCAUUCCAUUGUGCUGCACAUUGUUUGAGUCGUGAUUCUAUAAAUGCAGUCAUUUAAAAAAGGUUGUCUUAGAAAAGCAUAAAGAGAAUGCAACAGUGCCAAAAGGCAUUAUGGGCACUCACAGUUUACAGUUGGGCAACUGACGUUCACGGUCUUUCAGUGUGACAGAGGGAGAAAAUCGGAAUACGUGUAUUUGUGGUUUCUCCUUCCUUUUUGCUGAAACACUGGACUUUGGUCAACCAGUUAUAAAGUAAGCAUUACCCAUAAUACAUUUUGACAUUAUUGUAUAUGCUUUUACGCUUUUGUAGGACAAACGUUCUCAAAACAUCACUGACAUUUGAAAAUAAUAUCCACCAUGG